GUUAAUCUUUAACCAACACCUAUUUAUCUGGGCCUAGGUUUAGGUCCCUUUGGAGUUUACUGAUUCAGGUCUCUGCAAUUGCCUGAGAACAAUGAAAGGAUCCAUCCCAUCCUAGUAUCCAACCCCGAAACCCUUAAUUUGAACAUGUUUCGAUUCGACUUUCUGCUUCGGUUUCAUCAUCAGCUAAACUUUCAGACAUCCAAAUCAACUGAGAAACAUAAACUUCUGUUAUCAUCCUCCACCCGGAAAAGAUUUAACCCUUUUGUUACUUAGAACCAAUUCUUUUUACCACCAAAAGGAAAACCCAAAGCUUCCUCUAUUGGUGCUGCUAAUUUUGAAGAGAGUGUCUUUUUGUCUUGAUUUUAUCGGUUAUGCAGAUACCUAGAUGGCGAAACGUGUUUCUACUGAAGAAUUCAUUGGUUCCACCUUUCUUAUCUUCAAAAGCAACGGCUACUGUUGCAACAACCCACGUUGCUUCGUUUCAUUCUACGCCUGUUACCUGUGAAAAAUGGAAGAGCAAAUGGGAUUUUGAGGAAAGAAGAACACAACAACCAAUUAAGAAUCACAUAAGAUAUAGAGUACAUCAAAGGCGUGCUGACACAAAGAGUGCUCUAAAAAACCUUCUCUAUAAUAGUGGUUGCUCAAAUGUUUCAUUCCAGGAUGAAGUUCGAACAUGGAAAUUUGAUGGGACAGAAGGCUGGGAUUCAGAUGGUUCUGACAAGAAGCGGUUGUCAAGGUAUUCUGGACGACAUGCUGGGAAAUCUAACCGCAAAAAAGUUAAACGAAAUUUUAGAAGAGAGAGUUUCUCUGACGACUUUGAUCAUCCUGAGAGAAUCUUUCAAGCUAAAUUUGGGAACAAAUGGUAUACUUGGACUUCUGGUGGAGAUAAGUCUUUCAAGAAUCCAGAAUCUGGAUUUGAGUGGAGAGAAAAAUCAGGCUGGAUAAAUCAAAGGACGAAGGAGUGGGAAAAUACUAGUGACUCUGAGUCUGAGUCUGAGGAGGAGAAGUCAUAUGAUGUAGGAUCAUGUUCUGAUAGAGAAAUCCUUGGUUUGCCUCGAGCAGGCCCCAUAAAGAUUGAAGACGUUAAGAAUGCCUUUCGCAUAUCAGCUUUGAAGUGGCAUCCUGAUAAGCAUCAAGGUCCUUCACAGGAGAUGGCUGAAGAGAAAUUUAAGAUGUGUGUAGGGGCGUACAAAUCAUUAUGCCAUGCUCUAUCGUAGCUCCAACCAAGUAAGUAGUCUCGGAGAAUAAUAGCUAACUGAAUCUGUUCUAUUUUAUUCUGAUCAUCAUAAUCAUAUUCAAAUUGUCAAAAAAUUUGUUUGGCCCAACAAUUGACAAUGGUCCAUUAUUUUGUUGCUAAAACUCCAAAAAAAGUAAUUACAUUCUGAUUUAGUAAUUCUCUCCUUUAUCUUUCUUUCUUUUUUUUUUUUUUGGGUCUUGGUCUGUUUCUUUCCUAAUAUUAUUAUAUAGCUUUGAAUUAUACAA